CCUGCUUAGGAACAGACAAGCCACGAGAGACUGGAGAAGAGCGAGGCGAGGGGCAGGAAGGCCAUCCCGAUCCCAACCUCACUCCCCUGGAACGUCCGGGUGCGGCGAUUGCAGGGGACCAGGACAGCAGGGCCAUACUGCCUGGGGCUCCACCGCGCGUCCGCGCUGCACCGAGCCGACACUCAGGCGCCGCGGGCUCGAAGUCCCAGCCAAGGGAGAGGCCGACGUGUGUAAGUUGCGUUCUGGACAGUCCCAGCUGUGAUGCUGAAGAGCUCCGAGCCAGCGCUUGGCCGAGCCUCGGGCUAGGAUCCCGGACAGAGACCGCCCCUGAACCGGCGCUGACAUUAUUCUGCACAGCUCAACGGCUACUCGCGUCUCCGCUGCCCUAGUUGCGGCCGCUCUGCUUCCCCUAGGGACUGGGGUCGUGGCAGACUGCCCACGCGCCGGGGAUCUGCACGCCUGGGGCCUGGACUCCCUUCAGAGACUCACACGGAGUGGUGAGUCCUGCGAAGGGCAAAGGAUGCUACCUACUGAAUUCACUCCCGCCCCUUUCAUGUAUGUAACAUGUUGAGAGAGUCGUGAGGAACAACAAGGAGAAACUGCCAUGAUUUACCAAGACAAGAAGUAAUCUUUGGGCAUCACAAGAUGAUUCAGGAUGGAUCCUGAAGCUGCCCAGCUAGAGAAACGGCACGUCCAUGAUGUGUAUGAGAGCACCGCCCCCUACUUCAGUGACCUGCAGAGCAAAGCUUGGCCACGAGUCCGCCAGUUCCUGCAGGACCAGAAACCAGGCAGCCUCAUCGCUGACAUUGGUUGUGGAACUGGAAAGUACCUUAAAGUGAAUAGCCAAGUCCAUACCCUGGGCUGUGACUACUGCGGGCCUCUGGUGGAGAUUGCCCGGAACAGAGGGGGUGAAGUCAUGAUAUGUGACAACCUUAAUCUGCCCUUUAGGGACCAGGGCUUCGAUGCCAUCAUCUCCAUAGGAGUUAUUCAUCAUUUUUCUACAAAACAAAGGAGAAUUAGAGCAAUAAAGGAAAUGGCCAGGGUCUUAGCUCCCGGAGGCCAACUGAUGAUUUACGUUUGGGCGAUGGAACAGAAGAACCGACACUUCGAGAAGCAGGAUGUGCUUGUGCCGUGGAACAAUGCACUCUGCUCCCGUCUACUCUCAGAAUCCCACCAGUCCUGGGGGCAUCAGUGUGGGCAUCCCAUGAGCCAAGGCUACGAGGGUCCUGGCUCUGCGUGUGGCUGUGCAGUAUGUUUGAAGGGCAGGUGCGAUUCCAAGAGGUCCCACAGCAUGGACUAUGGGCCUGCGGUGGCCAGAACCUGCUGUGAAGAUAUUCCGAAGGAUGGUGAGGAAGAGAACGGAUUGUAUAACAAUUUUGGAAAAUCUCUUCGCUCCUGGUUUUUCUCCAGGUCUUUGGAUGAAUCAACCCUGAAGAAGCAAAUCGAAAGAACAGGACCUGUGAAAAACACAGAGGGUUGGGCCAAUAGCACUGUGUCCCGUCAGCCUUCCAGACAGCCGAGUUUAGACUUCCAUCCCCAGGACCCGUUGUCAACCAAAGGACCAAACUUAGAUGAGGUGUUUGUAGACACAUGUUCUCAAAGACACUUGCGCUGGCUGGGGCAAACAUGCACUUCGGAGACCUUCAGUGGACACCAGGAAGGAGACAGCAGGAGGAAGGAGGGUGGCAAUUUUCUGGACAUCACUGACACCAGAGACAGUCGGGCUACAGGUAACGUCAGUGAUCCUUCUGCCAGAAAAAUAUUAAGGCGAGUUUCUGCAUUCGACUCUACAGAUUCCCAAUCAGAAGACCCAAGUUACACAGAGGAGCAGGAGGAGGCUCCGGAUUCCAGAGCCUUCAUGCGCUACUACCAUGUGUUCCGGGAAGGCGAGCUGUCCGGACUUUUGCAAGAGAGUGUGUCUGAGCUGCAGGUUCUGAGUGCUGGCAAUGACCAUGGCAACUGGUGUAUCAUCGCAGAGAAAAGGGGGAGCUAGGAUUAACUGCAUCACUCGGGGCAGGGGCUUCAGAGGUUGACCGUCAUCUGUCCACUGGGGUCGAUGUGGGCACUCAAAUCAGCAUCCUGUUUCAUUGUUUUCAAAUCCAGGUACGAGACGGUCUUUAGGCACUUUGACUUGAUCCUCUGAAUCGUUGAGUAAGCACAGAACCUGGAGCUUACUGCAUCCACCACAGGAUACGCCUGCUUAAAUGUCAAUGAAAAGAUUGGAGGGAACAAUAGAAAAUGCACUUCAGUACCGGCUUGAUUUUAUUUCUUCUGGAGAUGAAUAUAUUAUAAUACAUGUAUGUCAGAUGUCAGUAUUAUCUUUUGGUUUUUAAACAGUCUGCUGUUAGAUAUACCUUUUAGAAGCAGUAUUUUUAUAUAGAUAAAUUAUAUUGGUUCUCAGGUUGUUCCUUAGAUCUAUGUGGACAGUAACAAGGACCCCUGCUCAGCUGCUGGGUAUGUAUUCUUUGAGGCUUGCUGCGGGGGUAUCUUGCUUCCAGGCUUUGCUUCUACAUACUUCAAGCCUUCAAGAGAAGCUGGUGUGGUGCAGAGGAACAGAAGUAUUGCCCAGGCUCUCCAAAUCACAUGCAAGCAUCCUUCUGGACGAUCAUCGUAAACAAUACUGUCUUUACUGUUGCUCCAAAGGCCUUUUAAAGGUGCUGUUGGCAGAGGGUGUGGCUUAGUGUUAGCGCAGGCAGCUAGCGUGCCCAACAAUCAGCAUGCAUGCAGAAGAAAAAGAAAAACACUGCUAGCAUGCAGAGCAACAUGGGGUGGGAGACAGCCUAAGUCUUUUGGUAGCAUUUCCCCAAAGGUAUUAGAAGCAUAAAUACCCUACUGAGCUAGUGCCGAAACUAACCAAAGAGUUUUUGACUAGGAAAUGCUUGUCUGAGAUAUCUGAGAGUCUAAUUAGACCAGCUUUUCUGGGAAGAGCUCUGAAAAGCAUUGUGUAUUUAGCCUUGGUGGACACAUAACUGGAAUUUGCUAUUGCAACCAGGCAUUUAUACUCUUGAAGGUGACCACAUUAGGUUUAUUUUAUCAAUGACCUAGACAGAAUCAAACUUAGAGGCUGAAUUUCUGGCAUUCUAUAGAGCAAUGAUUAAGACCAGGCAUUGUAAAAUUGCUGUUUCUGUUUCGAUUUAACCAAGGGUUUGUUUAGUUCUGUGUCAUGGAUCCCAAGAACAAUUUUUAUGACAUAACUAGAGACUGGACUUGGGAGAAACAAAAAUAAGUCGGCCAAGGAAUGUGGUUCCAGAUCAUCCUUUAAUAGGCAGAAAAUCAAAUAGUCAUUGUACUUUCUGGACCAAUAUAAUGAUGGAGAUUGAAUUAAAAUCCAAUCUUCAUUUUAUUAUUUUCCACUCCAAAAUUAACAGAAAUUAUAAUAGAUCACAUUCAUUUGGUCAUUACCCUCUUCAGUGAUUUUGCCAGAAUUUAACAGAAUGAAGCUACUUUUGAGGAAAAUUCAAGGAUGAUUUUAGAAUGGCUUUGGGAAAUCCCCAAGGCUCUUUGCUCGAAAGUCGGCUCACCUCAGCCCCAUUGAGGAAGCCGUCCAUGUGAUUUGUACUUCUCAGUGUACAGGGAGCCAUGAUGAUAGACAUAGAGUGAAGGGGAAAUUAAAAUUGAAGGGAGUGUGCCUUUCUUUUUUUUUCAAAUUACUACAUUAAAUUGCAAAUAAAGGUGGCUUCGUUGGAGAAAUGGCGACUCCAAGCUAGUAUCGGUGACCCCUCCAUUGUGGUUUCCUGCCUCUGAGGUCUGUUGUCACCCCUUUCAAUUGGCUUUGCUGCUAGACCUCUGAGCUUGACGUCACCCUCCCUGGCUGUAACUUGCUACCGUAAAGGUCAUUAUAUGGAGCCCAGCUCAUUAGGCGGUGUCGGGAUGGCUUGCCAGCUGAUGUGUCUAAGCAAGCUCAUAAAAUAAACAUACGCCCCACUUUGUAAUCAAAGGCCUUCAGAAGAGUUAUUGGGAGAGAGAGAGCUUUUUUUUUCAUACAGCACUGACAGAGCUGUGAACACUGGUAACAGCAAUCGUGAGCUCAUUGUAGAGCACUAGACGUCUAUGAAUCCAGAUGUUACAGACGUCUAUGAAUCCAGAUGUUACAGUGUAUAAUUGGCAAAACUAGUGGCCAGGUAAACCAUUCUUCGGGCAAGUCUUACCAGAAGCACUCUUUCAUUCAAUGUUUGCCUGUUGGUGAUUAAAGCCAUUGAAAACUAAUGUAAAUAUCCUCAUCAUUCUAAAGCUCGCUCAGAGAGAAACUCAAGUCCUAAAUGAGCAUCAAUGGGCGCAGUGUGAGUCCAUCAGCCUUCGCCAGCUUGUGUGUAGAUUUCCCUGAUCUGCCUGACGCUAUCUGAAAACCUCCACUGCUCAUAGACAAAAUGUUUCUUACUAGUUACUUCCUGCCAUCACCGCAUGUCUGUCUGACAUGGAAGGGCAAGUUCAGGGAAGUUGUUAGAGAAUCCUUAGAGGUAGGACCAGUGGUGCCUCGCUGGUUUGUGUGGAGAACUUCCUGUAAACAGACAAAUGCUUGGACAUAAACAAAAGAUGCAAUGCAGAUAAUAUUUUCCUGGCUGCCGAGUGAAUGGUUAGCUUCUCUGGGUUAUUAGGCUUCAGAGGUUUGUUGUCGUUGUUGUAUUGCUUUGUUUUGUUUACUUAUCGGCAGAGUGAAGCGAUUUGACCAAUGUGCUCUGGUGACUUCAGACUAGCUGCACACAACACCGACUGUCAUACAGAUUUGAUCCUCCCCUCUUACCUUACAGCCCCAUACAGUCCCAUCACUCAUUCCCAUUCCUAGUUUUCCCUUCUCCUCUGUCCCGAUUCUAGAUACCAAAGACUACUGUUUGUGUAACUGACCUUCUUCUGAGUCGGUAAAAAUCGAAGGUGAUCCAGACAGGAAAUUAUCCAAAUGUAAAUCGGGCAUAUGAAUGUACUUAUGUGCUAUUCGCCACCGAACAAAUGAACACGGUGGGUCUUUCAAAUCUGUGGGCUGCCAGGAGAACAGAGAAUGGAAUUCUGGUUGUUCUUGGCAUGAGAGAAAUGCCUUAAAAAUGAAGGGUGAGAGGCUGGAGGGGUGGCUUGGUGACUUGGAGUGCUUACUGUUCCUGCAGAGGACCUGAGAUUGUUUCCUAGUACCCAUUGGGCAGCUCAUAAAUGCCUCUCUUCAGAACUCCAAGGGCACCCGCACUCACGUGUGCAUAGACCUACACACAUGCAGACAAAUACACACAAAUACAGAAAGAGAGACAGAAAGACAGAAUUAAAGCAUAAAAAUGAAUCUCUUUUAUAAAAACUGGGCUACGAACACCCAAUUUGGGAGAGAGAAGGAAAUUGGAGCGGCUGUUGGCUCUACAGCUAGACAAUGAGGAACAAAUGAAGCCAAGAAUUCCUUUCCCUGAACAUAAAAAGGGGGGGGCAAUAAUAGCAGCUAAGUGUAGUAGCCAGUGUUUAUUAUACCAUCUCACAGAUAAAAUCUAAGGCAGGAAAAGAAAUUGUGCUAAAUCAGCAGAGUCUACACACAGGCACUAAGUAUCACACAUCUGGUCAAAGGGAGAGCUAAGUUUCAAUCCUGGAUGCUCUGGCUGCAGCCUGGGUUUCUAACCAAUGUUCUCUGCGUGCCCACCUGAUGGAUCCCAGGCUCUGUGCUAAGCAAGGAACAGUGUUCAAGGUUAACCACUACUGCCCCUGUACAAAGGCAUCAAGCGGGUUAAGAAAAGAUUAUGCAUCUCUCUCCCCUAUGUAUUCUUUUUAACUUUUUAGAUGUAUUUACUUGUGUUUGUGUGUCUAUGUCUUCCUGUAUAUGUGUGUGGGUGUGAUGAAGCUGGAAGACAACUUGCCAAGAGUUGGUUCCUUUCUCCAAGCAUCCAUACUCCCUGAGCCCUCUUGCCAGAUCUGUGUUUUCUUUCUUUCGCUUCUAAAUGUAUCUCAGUUUUACUUGAUUGCAGGACACUCCAAUUGCUUCUCUACAACUUUCUAACCUUCUGAAAAUGUCUAUCCCUUUUCCUGUUUUAUGAGUGAGUAGCAUGAGGACUCACCCAGGGAUUUCAUUUACUCCAUUGUUCAGAGUCGCACAGUGCCCCAGAUACAAAUGAGAGGCCAUGACACAUCUGGGGUCUUGAGCUGCACAUAAUAUUAGACUUAAUGACCUGAAACUCAAGUGCUCUCCUGGAACACUCUUUGCAUUUGCUAUAUGCCUAUGAUUCUAUUAUAUUUUUAGUUUAGUAAAACACCAUUCAGACCCCUGUUCUGGGGUGGGGGUGGGGUGGCAAGGAUCUCACAUGCAUGUUAAUUAACAUGGAGAACGUCUGUCUUAAACACUAAGACUUCAUUUGACUGAGCUCACCAAAGACCAAAGGCCAAUGACCACCCUCUAACACAAUUGCUCUGUAAGUGUAAUUUCCGAAAAGCAUGUGUCCUGUAGGAUACAAUAUGAACUCAUUUGGAAGGCAUGCAGGCCCCUAGUAAGCCAACCCAUGCUAUUUUUCAGAUUCAUUUCUGUAUUGCACCUGUUUUCUGUUCUGUAAUCUGCUAUUUUAAACAAUGGUUCCAUUAAAAUUACAUAAUGACAAGUAAUUAUCCCACCCCUUGAAGGAAUCCAAUAUAUUCAGACUUGAAAUGCUGUAGCUAUAUGCUUUCCUCAAAGACAGAUGCACAAACAGGCCCAUUCCAUCAAUGAGCACAGGAAGGCUUGCCCAUCUGGUAAAGGACAGUCCGUGGGAAUGCAGGGGAUCAGGGAUCCCGCUGACUUGGCUCAGACACCAGAACUUGUUUUGAUAUUAUGAACUCUGUCCUCACACCCUCAGUUAUGUAUAGAACCGGGGUAAGACCUAAAAAUACCUUUCAUGAUAGCCAGGUAUGGUGGCACACACCUCGACUUCCAGCACUCGGGGGUCAGAAGUAGGCAGAUCGCUGAGUUCGAGGCCAGCCUGGUCUACACAAGUUCCAGGACAGCCAGGGCUACACAGAGAGAGACAGAGACAUUUUUGGUCAGGGUGGGUGGCUCAUCAACUAAGUUCUGAAAUCAACACAAAGAGCAUUCUGCAAGAGAUGGACACAGAAACCAAAGAGAACAAUCAAGAAGAAAUUUUAGGCUAUGAAAGAUAUAAUAUUUUUGCUUUGUUUUGUUGUCUUGUUUUAAACACGGCCUCAUGCAUCUUAGGCUGGUCUCUCACUUGCUGUAUACUUGAGGAUAACCUUGACCACCUAAUCCUCGUGGUUCAUGUCAGGCAAGGGAACCAAUUCAGGACCUGGUUAUAGCAGGCAAGCACUCUACCCACUGGGCUGCUUCUCCAGUCCCAAGCUGCAUAAUAUGUUGUUCACCCUGAGACCUACAAUGUACCCCAGUAGAAGGAGUGUUUCAUGGCAGCGUUACCCCACAGACUGUCCCUUCUCUACGCCAGUUCUCCUUCAAUUGAUCAUAAACAUACAAUGGAUCACUUUAUAUCAUCAGUGGCUAAUCUGACAAUAAAUGGCUCACUUAUGAGGGCUGAUAUGCAAUUGGGUGCCCAGCUGGCAAAUACAUGCUUUGUCUUUCUUUCAACUCUCGCUAGAAAAAUAAAGUUGAUUCUAGUUUAACUAUUAACUUGAUCACAUAAAAACAACUGAUUUUCCCCCACACUGGUUAUGUAUUUUUCUAAGGCUCCUACCUCCUCAUGGAAGAAAGUGAGUCAUAGCAAUUCCUCUGUAGCAAAUGUAACCAGACACCCAAGUCCCUAGACAAGGUAGACACGCACUUAUGUUCACCCAGGAGGAACACUAUAAGAAAGACAAGCAUCUUUCAUAUGCACCAAUCCUAAAACUUCUGCUUAGAUGUUCCGUCGACGUAUGGUAAAGAUUCAAACUUCUCCUGUUUGUUUAUUCAGAGCAUUGGCAAUAUUUAAGAUCCACAUAUAAGUAGAAGAUCCAAGACACUCUGAAUAUGUAUGUGAAUAUGUCCAAGGUUCUUCAGAUGCUCUUAAAUAUGUAUGUAAGUAUUUAUGUAUAUACUCAUAUUUCUAGACCUCCAGUGUUGGCUGGCAUUACUGACCAAGAAAAUGUUUCCUUGUGUACUUGUAGAAAACAUUAACUCGGCAGUUACCAUGGAAAUUCAUUUCAUUGAAUUGACUUUUGUUGUUUCAGGGAUAUUUAAGAUGACUGCUAGAUGUUUUUGUGCCUGGUUUAUCUCUGGUGUUGAUAUAUGUGUUUGUGUCAAAAGUGCAAAGCUCUUUUUAUCCCAGAGGAAACAAGCAAUAGUUUGAGAGCACAAAUUGAGGUAAAGCAACAUCUUGCCCCUUAUAACUUAAAGAUAUUUUAUUUACAUUAAACAACAAUGGCCAGGAUCUUUUGGUAACAAAUAUUAAAAAUAGUCUGGCCUGCAUGCUUGUAAUAUGUAUUUGAUUAUUUAUGUGUUUGUGUGCCCUUUAAUAAUACUGCUAGAGAAACAGAAUCGCUUUUCUUCCUUGUGUGUCAUGGCAGGAGCCGUUUAGUUCAUGCAUCCAAUUCUCUUUACUCUUCAACAAAACUGGAAAAGUUUGUACUUGAACUCUGUUCCUGUUGUCUGGAAGUCAGGUUAACAAUCUAAUAAUACAGUAUCUUUAAUGCAUUAAUAAAAAGAAUAUUAUCUACUUUUUAAAAGACAUAUUUAAGACUAAUAAAGGAUGUAGUAG